CUCGAGCUUUUGGAUUUACAUGGUAUUUGUUUCGUCCAAAUGGCCUCCCCUCCCAUUUGGUUGUGCUCUCCCAUGCCUAUAAGAGAAGCCAUUUCCCAUUUCCUAUCUCAUUGUGCAAGUCAUCAUCACAUUACUUACAACAACAGAACACAUAGAGAGGUCGAGAGUGAGGGAGAUAUUGAGAUGGGAGACAAGGUUGCUCCAUGCGGGAGGCUGUGCUCAGGGCUCAAGAACGUGAAGCCUUACUUGGCAAUGGUGUCCCUGCAGUUCGGUUAUGCCGGGAUGUACAUAAUCACCAAGAUCUCCCUAAAUCACGGGAUGAGCCACUUUGUGUUGGUGGUCUAUCGGCAUGCAGUUGCCACUGUCGUGAUCGCACCGUUUGCCCUUGUUCUUGAAAGGAAAAUAAGACCGAAGAUGACACUCCCAAUCUUUCUGAGGAUAAUGGCGCUUGGUUUCAUCGAGCCAGUGGUGGAUCAGAAUUUAUACUUCCUGGGAAUGAAGUACACUUCAGCGACAUUUGCAUCUGCAACUGUCAACGUCCUCCCUGCUGUUACCUUCAUUAUGGCCCUCAUCUUCAGGCUAGAAACAGUGAACAUUAAGAAGAUACAGAGCUUGGCAAAAGUGAUCGGGACGGCGGUAACCGUGACAGGGGCGAUGGUGAUGACCCUGUACAAAGGCCCCAUCGUAGACUUCAUGCGGUCAAGGGGCAUGGGCCACCACGAUGGAGCCGCCACCUCGGAGUCAGCCGACAAGCACUGGGUCACCGGGACCCUGAUGCUCUUGGCCAGUUGCUGCUGUUGGUCCAGCUUCUUUAUUUUGCAGUCAUUUACACUGAAGAAGUACCCGGCAGAGCUAUCAUUGACUGCGCUAAUUUGCGUGAUGGGGACGGUGGAAGGGGCGGUCACGACCUUAAUUUUUGAACGUGACAUGAGUGUCUGGGUCAUCGGAUGGGACUCCAAGCUCGUCGCCGUCGUCUACUCCGGAGUGGUAUGCUCGGGAAUAGCGUAUUACGUGCAAGGAGUAGUGAUAAGGGAACGUGGGCCCGUCUUCACGACAUCUUUCAGCCCACUUUGCAUGAUCAUCACCGCCGCUUUGGGCUCUGUCGUCCUUGCUGAGAAGGUCCACUUGGGCAGCAUCAUCGGAUCAAUCUUCAUCGUGUUCGGUCUUUACACCGUUGCCUGGGGCAAGAGCAAAGACCAGAGAAGUCCACCGGACCGUGUGGAUGACGAGAAAGUCGCUUCCCUGCAUGAGCUCCCAGUCACCCACAUCAGAUCGGUCAAGAAUGGCCUCAAAGCACCAGAGGCUGUUGAUAGAUCGACGGUGGGUUCGGACAACGUUGUCGUUCCAUAGAAUAUUUGAUUGGCCCGUUAUUCCGAGUAUUGACGAUAGAUUAUUUUCACAAUAUAAAGUAUGGUCAUCAUCAAUUUUAUGUAUUUGUCCCUUUUCAAGGGAACGAGCACGGGUGAUAAUCUGUGGAAAGUAUCUCAACUCAAUUUGUAUCCGACCAAGGAUCGUACUAUUAUUCCAUAUUCCCGUCUUCUGCAAUCUAGUCA